GAGAAGAAUGACCCCAAGAGCUCAUGUAGCAAUGUAUAAGGUGAUAUGGUAUGCUGGGGGCUAUGCAUCAGAUGUUCUUGCUACCAUAUCGUUGUCUCUGGGCAUAGGUGGACUUCCAUUAUAUAAGGAACCUGUCCCUAUGGCAACAUUUGCAGGUAUGGAGAAGGGUGGUAUUUUUGUUGCAUCAUCAGCUGGAAAUCAAGGUCCAUGGCCUGGGACUCUGCACGCUGGAGUACCAUGGCUAUUAGAUGUGCCUGCUGGCACCAUAGACCACGACUGCAUUGCAGUUGUAGCUCUUGGAAAUGGAGUUUCAAUCAUUGGGGGCAUCACUCUACCAUGGAAACUGAUCUAUUGCCGAAGCCUGACCAUAUGGCUCAAACCAGUCCGGUUUCAGAGUUCGGUUAAAAGCACCUGUUUAGUAAAUUCAACAUCAUUUCCAGAACAUCCAUGGCAUGUCCUCAUGCGGCUGGACACAAGGCCCUUUUGAUGGCGGCACACCCCAGAUGGAGCCCUGCUGUUGUUUAAUCCGCCCUGAUGACCACAGCCGACACGAGUGACAGUACACUAAACUACAUCAAGUAUAUUGGAGAUCAGAGUAAGUAUGCGCUAGUCCUCUAGCCAUGGGAUCCGUCUGGCAAUGGACCCUUGGACUCAUAUAUGACAUAACUUCAGACGACUAUGGGAGGCUCCUCUGUGGUUUAACUUUUAAGUUAUUCCAUCAGGCAAAUUCAGAUCAUUACAUGCAUCUUCAGACACAAAAAUUGUGAAAAAUUUUCAUAGAAAGGUGGCUAACAAGGGAGAUGGAAGAUCAUCUAACAGUGCAACGUUGGCUCCAUUGACUGGUUUUCAGGCGCUUCCAAGCACUUCAGUUUUCAGUCACAAGUAUGAGCAGAAAGGUGCAAACUAAGUAUAGAGGGACCAAGACUCAAAGAAAGAAGUGCCGGUUCAUGGAUCGCUUAGUUGUGUGGAAACUGAAGGCACACAUGCGGUCAUCGGAAGUCCUAUAGUGGCUAGCAGCCUCAGUUCACAACCUUAUUAAUCCUCAACAAAGCAACCCACACUUAAGCUGAUUUAAUGCAUAUUUUUUAUAAGAGCAUGAUUUAAUUAUCAUAAAGUAAGGUAUUGAUGUCAUAGGAAUGAGGACCAAACAAGUUUUGAAGUCAUUGUGUACUGUUGUGGGGUCGAAGUAAAUAUGAUGAGCAAUGCCCAAUUUUAGAGUAACUCCCCCAUAAAGGAAAAGAAAAUUUUCACAGAUUGCAUGUGACUUUCUGUGCAGUUUCAUAUUGAAUUUGUGAUUGAAGAAUUUGGACUCCAGCGCCAUCACACUC